AUGUUCCUCACUAAAGCGCUCUCGUCGCUGACAUUCCUAGCGCUCAUUAUCGUCACAAUCCCCCUCACUUUCGACAUAGGAGGACGAGAUGCAGGCCUGGCAUAUUCGCUGUCGCUAGCCUCUUUCUACUUCGUCCUGUCCUGCUUCCGAGUGUCCACGCCUGACAGUUCCAUCGCGCGGAGACUCUUCACCAAUACCCUGAGGGCCACGCAGUGGAUCAUUGUGCCCGGUCUCUGCCUGUGGACGCUGGGAAGAUUCUCGGUCGACGGCGGAUCGGAGCCUGGUUGGGUGGAAAGGACAUUUCGACUCAAGAAAGAGGUCUUCAGCAACAGGACACUCUCACAAUACAUUUUCGGACACGAUGGUCUGGUCGAAGUCGUCGCAAUUGGCGGAUGGGACAGACUAUUGCGAUAUUCAUCGCCCGUCUUCCAGCUUCUGGAAGGAUUUUGCAGUCUACUGGUGAUCCAGGCGGUUGGACAGCUAUCCCGGUAUCUGGUCAAUCGAUCUGAGUGGAGCGAUGUAUGGAUGCUGAGCAUCAUCGCGCUGGCAGGCUCUGUCAUCUCAAGCUCUGGCUAUUUCCUCUGGCGGGUCCUGCAAUUCCCUGACAUCUCGAGUCUGGAUUCGGUGAUCAUUGGCAUUGCCAUCACAUCGGCCGUCUUCCUAUGUGCGUACGGCGUCGGAUCUGGGCGCGGUACUGCCCUCGAAUCAUCUCUACUCUUCGCCUACAUUGUCCUAUGCAUCUACCAGAUCUUCACCGACUACAAGCCGAACGAGCCAACGAGAUCGCCGCCUACCGCAAGCGACACUCCAGAUUUUCCUCCGUUACCUCCCAUUAUCAUGUCCUCCUACACAGCAUUUAUCCAAGUACUUUCUGCCUUGCCAGGCGCUCUCUGGGACACAGUCGACUUCAUUGUUGCUGCAUUCAAAGCGGUCUCCGCUUCGGUCCUGAUCUCACUGGGUUAUCGCCUCUUCGUCUUCUACAUGUCCACCAGGAUCAUUCCUUCGGUCAACGAGAACGGUGCGCGUGGUCUUAGUGUGGAGCCCACUCUCGACGACUCCAACGCCGGCAACCAAUUCCUUGCAUUUCUUUCGUGGUUCUCACCCAGCAUUCUCAUUGCGGUGUACACGAGUCUGCUAAUGCAACACUUCGCCACGACGAUGGGAGGAUACUCGCCUGGACUGACGGAAAGUAUUGGGUCGUGGUGGCAUGGAAAUGGACAGCCAGCGGUGAAUGGCAAUAUCUGGAAAUGGAUCAACUUGGUGAGCACGAUGGGCUUGUAUGCUUUCGAGCUGUAUCUGGGAAGGGAAGAUUCCAUCGAAGCUCACUGGAAGGUCGACUGA